AUGGGCAAAGGCAUCAGUUUCGAAAAAAAGCCCACCGAUUACUUUGACUUAUUUUCGAAAAACCGCACAGUCACCAAGGCUGACACGACGACGUCUGCUAACAACUUCGGGACUACUAACAGUGCAGCUGAGAUUGCAGCCUUUGAUUCAGACAUAUCGGGGAAUGAGGAGUUGGCCUCGUACAUUAAGGCGGCUCUCCAUGUUCAGCCUGAUGUAAAUUGGCGCCUGCUAGCACUUCGCUCAAGAGCUGGUGCAAAAUACUUUCAGACGAAGGAAAGAAAUGGACCACUGUCUACAACCCCCAUCUCCUCUCUUGAUGAGGGCCAUUGUUCCAUCUCCUCAUCCACGCCUAACCACAGCAGCACGAAAUCUACCAUUCAUGAUUUCCGAUUUUCAAGAGUCAUAGAUGAUAGGGACUCUGCAAAUGGUUCGUUUAACGAAGACACCGAUUUACGCAAUCGAAGUUUAAGCAGAACAGGGAAAACCUCAACAAGCCGUACCAACAGAAGAGGAGAUGUCACGAAGCCUGAACUUGGAUCUUCUCGAGAAAGGCGAAACGGGAUUUGUUCGAGAAAGUCAGUCGAUGGCACUGUAGUUCGCCGAAGGCAAUCCCAGAAGCUCUCUGAGUCCUUGUCAAAUUCACAACACGACGCUUACACGUCCCUGCGAAGACGCCUUGAAUACGACCCACAGGCCUCCGCUGCCAAAGAUGGUCUGAGAAUCAGAGGCUACGAAAAACGAGACAGAGGCAAAACUGACUCAAAGACUUUUAUUCAAAGUCAAAACGACUGUGGAGACGUCCGGCUGUCGACAAAGGAGAAGGUGACCAAGCCGCAAUCCUCAUUGGACUUCAGGAUGCGAUCGAGGACUUCAUCGAAUCACGGAGUAGACUUGACAACUUCUUCAAGUCAAGCCCCUAAAAAUCAGAGGCGCAGAUCGGUCGGUCAAAACAGGGAACCACGAACUACAGACGAGGUCCAGCACCUAUCAAUUUGCCGAACCCGAUCUGAAUGUCGAAGGGUCAAAUCUCUCGUCAAAUCCAACGAUGUGCCAAUAAGUGUUGACAAUACAAAGAAAUACUCGGAUUUAGAAGUGGAAUCAAUCAGUCUUAAACUGGAGCGUCUCGCCAAACACGUCGUUCUUCUUCGAAAGCUAGUGGAAAGAGACUACGCCGAGUCGGGCUCCUGUUCGCCUGGCGACGACAUCUACGUCGACGAGGAGGUCGGGGCUCUGAGCCACGGCAAACCCACCGGCAUGCACCCCUGCAUCGCCAACUCCCUGCGCAGCAUCCGCGUCCUCGAAGCCAACGUCCAAGAUGCAUCUUACCAAAUCGAUGCACUCUAUCUCAUUCCCCCCACACGACCAAAAACAGCUCUGCCUCUCCUCUGGUUCUUUUUUGAGACGUGA